CGCAAAAAGAAAGCAAGCAAGCAAGCCACACACGCAACUCGCAACUUGCGACUUGCAGGGGGAAGUCAUGGAGGUGAGUGGUGUGGUGAAGCUGCGAGGGGAUGAGUGUGGGGAAGUGGUGUCAGUGGCAACGACAUGGGAGCAACAGCAGCGGCAGGCGUCCGACGAGGCGCUCGUGUGCUCUGAACAACGUGUGCUGCUGCUCGACACACGCACGCGCGAACAGCGCACCAUGAUCACCGCGGCUGCAGGCGCAGGCGGCGCUGGGUUCACGGCCGCAUGCUACCAGGGCGACGACAAGAACAACAUGCUCGUGGCACGGGAGGACGGGCACGUGUGCGUGUAUGACAGGAGAAGGCCAGACCGGCCGGCCCACGACAUCGACUGCAGCGGCGGCGAGGAGGUGAACGGGCUCUGGCCGCACCCCAGCAAGCACUUUGUGGCGGCGACCGACGACGACGGUUCCGUCAGUAUCCUCGAUGCACGACAGGGCAAGGUGUUCAAGCGACUGGCGCCAAGCCAGCGCGCGCACACGCUCAUCACAACCACGGCUGCCUUCCUGCCAAACCAGCGGUGGGAGGUGCUGACAGCAGGGAUGGACUGCAUGCUGCUGCGCUGGCUGUUCAGCAAAGGCCGCGUGCUGGAGCGGCGGCACUUCAAGACAGACACCGAGGAGGACGGCCGCAUGUUCAACCCGCCGCUCGUCCACCACAUGGCCAUCAAUGGCCCCGGCAACCGCCUGGCCAUUGCUCUCGGCUCGGGAGAUGUGCACGUGCUCGACAUUAACCAGCAGGCGGAAACGCGGCAGCGGCUACAGCCGUCGCUCGUGCUCACGGGCAAGCACACGUAUGACGCCUCGCGCGUCGCCUUCCUGCAGGACCACGACGACAACAACGCCCGCCUCGUGUCGUGUGGAAACGACAGGCGUGUCUGCGUCUGGGACAUCAGCAGGCCAGGCCUGCCGCGCCCUGCGUCAAGCGGUGGUAAUGGCCCCGCAACAUCGAGCACAAAGAUGGCGGCCGAUGCACGGACACAGGACGAGGGGGCGCCAGAUGCCGGUACUGAUGUUGACAGCAGUGACAGCGGCAGUCGAUUGGUACACAGCACACGAUGCAAGUACAAGAUCAAUGACUUGCGCGCCAUCAGUGCGACAUCCAUCGUCUUUGCAGACACACAAGGCAACAUCUGCCUUGGCGCCCUCAAGGCGUGAAGCAUGUGUACGUGCGUGCGCGCGCGCGCGCGUGUGUGUGAGGAUGUGUUUUGUGCGUGCGUGCGUGUGUGUGUGUGUGUGUGUGU